AUGGUGUUCGUCCACUUUGUGGCACUUGUCAGCGUCGACGAGAAGAAUGUAGUUACAAUGAUGGCCUUUCCCGAAGAAGGGUCGCGAGUGAAGCCCAGUCAGGGUGUGCGUCCAUCGGCAUUUUAUGGCCUUCCUGCAGUUCCAGAGACUUCAGUUCACCUCAGCCCUGUCGCUCUUGGUGAAGAGGAUAAUGUAGGAGUUACUGCCAUGGGCUUGGUCUCAAAGUCCCCAAAAGAGAAUUAUAUGACAGCCAAAGAACACUUCGGCGAAUCUUCGGCGAUUGUAUUUAUGCAACAGCUUCAGGAUACCCUGAGAUUGGAUUCAACGGUAAAUCGUGAUUCUGAACAGCCCCAUUCACGACGGCUUGGUCACAAGGAAUGGGACUCAAGACCCUCUCCUGGCACUGAGAUUGGCUCACUGCCGCCUCGCGCGUUGGCUGACCAUCUUGUUUCCUGUUAUUUUUCCAAAAUCCAUACGCUCUACCCGUUUGUCCACGAACCUGCGUUCAUGGAGGCGUAUCAAUCACUAUGUCCACCGGAGGGAUCUGCAUCAACCAGAAUCAAAGCUCUGGGGCUUGGUCUAGGGUCUCUAGAUGUUAGUUCGACCACAUUCUAUUUUGCUUUGAAUGUCGUUUUUGCCCUCGGUUGCCAGUUUUCCGAUGUUGUACUGGCUGAUCGAGAAGUGACAUCUGAGGCAUUUUUUCACCUGUGCAAACCAGCCCUGAAUCUCAAUUAUCUGGAAAAUGGUGACCUUGCCCUCUGUAUGGCUUGUCGUGAGGCACAAGCUUUGGGUCUUCAUUCAGGGGCCGGUGACAAACGAUGCUCAUUCGCCGAGAUCCAGAUAAGACGGAGAGUGUGGCAUGGGUGUGUCAUGCUGGACUUAUCAGCCAGCACCAUGCUGGGUCGUCCGGCGAUGAUUUCUCAAAGGCCGUUAUCACCCAAGCCAAAGGCCAUCGACGACUGCUAUCUCACUGUGGCCGAUGCAACUUGCGAGCAACCACCGGGUAUUUUCUCGCGUAUUUCUUGGUUCGUGGAAACCUUGAAGCUGCACGAGAUACUUCGCACAAUUCUCUUCAAACUUUAUAACCAUGGAGGCUUAGAGGCCUUUGAAGCGACUGGUCAUCAGACCAAUUCGCGAAACGGUCCUGAUAUUCAGAGCAUCGCUCAGAUAGAUGCUGAGUUGCAGGCUUUCAAAGAGAAUCUUCCGAAGCUCCUCGAUUGGGACUGGAAGGCGCAUCAAAUAACGGGGAAGGUUUUAUGA